AUGGCAAUUCUACCUUCCAAGAAUGCUAGCAGCGGAAAAGCUGGUGCCGGCGCCAGGUUUCGUCAGCGGAAGAUUUCGGUGAAGGUUAGCUUACCAAUCUUCAAUCAGAAGGAUGUUUCAGGUGGUGAGCUGGAGCUCGAACCCUCUCAGCUCCACCAUUUGAAUGCUGGUGCAGCUCAACAACCACGCGAUCUACAUGCUAUCGAAACAGGUGUCGACAAAAACGAAGAAGAUGAAGUGCAUCUUCAGCAGGUAAUCAAUGCGGCCCAACGUGUCUUGCUUGGCGCCUCAGACUCCAAAGACGACAAAGGACUGGCAUCCUCUGUAUAUAUUCCUACCCCAGAUGCCUCCAAGUUAUGGAAAGACGCUCCAAAGUAUUACAACGACCCAACAUUCAUUGAACCUGAGUCCUAUAUCAAGUUUAGUGCGACCGUGGAGGACACACUUGGUGUGGAGUAUAACAUGGAUGAAGUUGAUGAGGAAUUUUUCAACAAUACCUUAAUCAAGGAGUAUCCGAAACCACAGAAGAAGACCGAUAAGAGGAAGUCUGAAAAGGAUUCUCCUUCUGACUCCUCAUUAGAUGAAUCAAAGGUUUGCACUGAACUUGAGUUUGAAACUCUUUGUGACAAAUUUGAAAAGACUAUCGAAGAGAAGCAACCAUUUCUCUCAAUGGACCCAUCCACUAUCCUUUCUUACAAAGAACUAUCAACCAUUAUCCUUGAUGAGUUCAAUUCCAGUGCAAACAAAGAUUAUCCUUAUCUGCUGACUGGAUCCAAUUUGAAAUACAUUUCCACUACCACGUUGAAAGAAAAGCUUUCCAAGGAGUUAAGCUUCGAGCCCUUUGUGACAGCUUUUGACAAAGAUCAGCUGUCGACUUGCAGUACGCGCUCUAUUCCUAAACUAAUGCAGUUGUUCGGACAACCUAUAUACGAGCACUGGAAAGGUCGGAAGUUGGAACGCAAAGGUAAAGCAAUUACUGCUUCUUUGAAAUUUGAGGAUCCGAAUGCAAACGAGAAGGACAAUGAUAACGAUCCUUAUAUUUGCUUCCGUCGUCGUGAAUUCAGACAAGCAAGAAAGACUAGAAGAGCUGAUAAUUUGGGUGCAGAAAGAAUCAGACUCAUGCAGAAAUCUCUAAAGCGUGCACGAGAGCUCGUUCUCAGUGUGUGUAAGAGAGAACUUCUAAAGCUCCAAAGUUGGGAAUCGGAUUAUGAAAUCUUUAAACUACGUUGUGAAGCGAAGAGUGUCAAGCGCAGUGUGGGAAUUAAGGGUGAUGAUCAUUUGUUCUACCCCCACAAGAGGAAAAAGAUUAUCAAAAUCGAACCAGAAGAAGAGGAAGAAGUUGAAUAUACCAAGACAAAAAAGGAAAGAAAGAGACAACAGGAGUCUGGCACACCUGCAUUCCCUGCGUCUAAGGAGAGGCUGCUCAAUGGACAAACUCAACCGGAAGCUUCUUCUACUCAGCCAUAUGUCAAAUUGCCACCUUCAAAGAUUCCAGAUAUGGACCUUGUCACAGUGUCGCUAGUUCUCAAGGAGAAGAAUGAAGCAAUAAAACGUGCUGUGUUGGAGAAGUUGAGGAAGAGGAAAGACCACGACAAAGGAUACGUCAAUAUCACAUACGACCCAUAUCAGCCUUUCUUCAACAUUUCCACAAACAAGGGAAACAAACAAAUGGAGCUUAGUCAUAUACCAUAUUCAUCUAUUGCUUCAAGCAAUUACCAUCAGGUGAACACCACAAAUGUCCUCAGCGAUCAAUUGAAAAAGUUGUUGGAGGAGGCUAAGCGUCCUUUCCCAGGUAUGAAAACUUUCAGUGGCAGCAGCGGCGAGCUCAUUCCUUCGAAGCCUUUUCCACAUUUACAAACUUUGCUCAAAGAUCACUUGAAUUCUAAGAUGAACGAUUCCGGGUACAUUGCUCAACUCCUCUCAAACAUUGAAAGCAACAACUUUAGUACAUAUAGCAAUGGGUUUGGAAAGCAAGAGGGUGAAGAGGAUGAGGAUGGUUCCGAUAUAUCAGGACCAAUUUUCAGAUUGAGGAAGCGUGCUGCUAGGGCUAACAGAAUUUUUGUUGAUAGAAAGGGUCUUAUGAAUAGACCUGACGAUGCCAUUAAUUCUUGGUUGAACGAAACAGAUUCCCAAGAACUGGAUGCUAUCGACCAGGAUAUGAUGGACUUGCACAAGGCAAUCCCCAAUGCCUAUGAUUGUAAGGCAGACGCUGUGAAGCGUAUGGACUCACGUUGGCGUUUUGACGAUGAUUAUCCAGAGUAUGAUAAGGGUAUACGUAAUCCAUUCAGCUUGGAUCCUUCUCGUCUUAACUCAAUUAGCGAUGAUACUCAAUCUAUUCGAUUUGGAUCGAUGUUAUUAUCGAAAUCUUACGACUUGUUGAGAGAGAGUGCUCACCAAAGGCAAGUGUUGAUUCAACAAGCGAGAAUGAGAGCAUUGCAGCAGCAGCAACUUAGUAAGGGUACAAGCAGCCAAGUUGGCGGCGUCCAAACCGGUCGCAUCGCUAACGCUCCUUCAUCUACUUCAGCCAAUAAUGCGUACCGUCGAGUCUCGGGUCAGGGACCACUUGCUACACAGAAUGGUAAUAAGUUUACGGGUGCAGGAAAUCGAGUUCAACAGAAUUAUACCCCACAGCAAAUUCAGGCCAUGCAACAGUUCAGACAACUGCAACAAAAUUCCCAGAACUCGUCGUAUAUGGCGCAAAAGCGAGCAUCGGGAAUGGGGUCAGGCACUACGGGAGUGCCCAACUCCAAAGGGGAUUAA